UCCAUCGGACGCCAUUUUGUCACCGACUUUCACCCGCCACACGACGGUGCUUUUUUUUCUUAAAGGAGAAGCGACAAUGUUUUUUUUAAAAUCCCCUGCAAGUAUGAAACACCGGAAAAUGCGGUCGAUGUGAAAACGAGGAAACAAGUUUUUGGAAGGGCAACGGAGGACAUUUAAUUUGGCGCGCGAGAGGUAACUGUUAAAACGGCUCAGUUAUGAGAAGCGCGCGUCACGGCCAGAAUUCCGACAGCGCACCCGCGCGCGCGCUCCCGGUGAAGCUCGCCCGCUGAUUGGCCUGGAAAGAACCAGCCCGGCUUGCUGCUGUUAUUGGCUGGCUUGGGAGAGAGGUGGACGAGGUGUGUCUUUGCAUUUCUCUCCCGAUUGGGUGACACGGAGAGAUCUUGCAUCCUGUUUGAACUCCGAACUUGUUCUUGAUUGGUCAAAGUCCCACGCGAGGGGAGGGAGCUGCCGUACAGAGGCGGAGUGAACGGCGGGUGCUGCUGUCAGGACCAAGAGGGGGAGCCGCUGUUGGGGCCUCCUCCGCUAGCUGCUCUGAUGCCGGGGGCGCCCGAGCAGGCGGAGACCCAGGAGGAAGAGCCACAGCGGCAAGAGAGAGAAGAGGAACGGACUCCGCCUCCUAGCGGCCGCCGGCGUCCCCUGCCCCCUCCUAUAGUCUCCACCGAGCAGAGGGCGGAGUCUAGCGGCAGUCGGGUGCUCCGUGGAGGUCGGGAGCGCGGACGAGCUGCGGCCGCCGCUGCGGCCGCAUCCCGCCGAAGAAAGGCCGAGUACCCACGCCGUCGCCGCAACAGUCCCGGCGCCCGGCAGAGCCAAGAGCCGGAGGUGUUGACGCCUGCACCCGGGGUUGAGGCACGAGCGCCGCCGUCCGCCACCGCGCCGCCUGGGACUACCGGUAGAAAGGGCACGCCACGCAGCUCGUGCUUGGAUAAAGCAACAGUGAAAGAUCCCAAAGAAGAGACAGAAGAGAAGGAACUCUCCACUGCUGCUGCAGCUGGUGCCCCAGUCACUACAGCUAAACCCAGCCGGGGCUGGCGUAGCAACAGGGCAACCACUACUAUUCAGCAAUGCGAUGCAGAGAAUUCGCGGAGUUCCAGAUCAAAGACUGGGUCCCUGCAACUCAUCUGCAAGUCAGAACCAAAUUCAGACCAGCUAGAAUUUGAAGUUACUGAAGAGCAUUCAUCUCCAACUAGAAUCAGUGAUGAAGAAGAAAUGCUCAUCAGUGAAGAAGAAGUUCCCUUCAAAGAUGAUCCCAGAGAUGAAACUUACAAACCCCAUUUAGACAGGGAUGCUCCAAAGCAAAGGAAAAAAACUGGGAAGGGAAAAGAAGAAAAAGAGAAACAGAAAGAAAUUAAAGUGGAGGUGGAAGUUAAAGAAGAAAGUGAGUUUCGGGAAGAUGAGGAACCGCCUAGGAAGAGAGGAAGGCGGAGAAAAGAUGACAAAAGCCCACGACUUCCUAAAAGAAGGAAGAAGCCUCCAAUACAAUAUGUACGUUGUGAAAUGGAAGGAUGUGGCACAGUUCUUGCACACCCUCGCUAUCUACAGCAUCACAUCAAAUAUCAGCAUCUGCUGAAAAAGAAAUAUGUAUGUCCUCAUCCUUCUUGUGGGCGGCUUUUCCGGCUCCAGAAACAACUGUUGCGGCAUGCCAAACAUCACACAGAUCAAAGGGAUUACAUUUGUGAAUACUGUGCCCGUGCUUUCAAAAGUUCCCACAAUCUGGCAGUUCACCGAAUGAUCCACACAGGCGAGAAGCCAUUACAAUGUGAGAUCUGCGGAUUCACCUGCCGGCAGAAGGCCUCAUUAAACUGGCACAUGAAAAAACAUGAUGCAGAUACCUUUUACCAGUUUUCAUGCAAUAUAUGUGGAAAGAAGUUUGAGAAAAAAGACAGCGUUGUAGCACAUAAAGCCAAGAGUCACCCAGAAGUGCUUAUUGCUGAAGCACUGGCAGCCAAUGCAGGGGCUCUCAUUACCAGCACUGACAUCUUGGGUUCUGAACCAGAGUCUAUUGUCCAACCCACUGAUGGCCAGGGCCUUCCCCUUCUUCCAGAUCCCAUUGGAAACACCACUCCUGGAGAGUGCCUAUUGCUGAACCCUGAUGGGAUGCCCAAGGCAUACUGCAGUGGGGGUGAUCGGGUCAACCUGAUGGCUGAUGGAAAAAUAUUUGUUGGCAGUGCUAGUGGUGAGAAUACAGAAGGGCUGGUCAUCAAUACAGAGAUUCUUGGAGCUACCACUGAAGUUCUAAUUGAGGAUUCUGAUUCUACAGGACCUUAGUGGGAGAGGAGCACAUGUGUAUUGGGACAACUUGAACUUGUAUUUAAAAGAAUAAAUGGGGAAAAACAACUUAUUCAACAUAGAGAAGCUAAAAAUAAAUAAAUAAAUUACUAGUCAGAUAACUAAAGGACCUGCCCCCUUCUGCCCCAGCUCACCCCUUUCUUCCAGAGUGGAUCACUACACUACAUAUUUUUUCACUGUUUCCUUCUUGGAGAGGAAUGUUGCCUUUACACAGAGAUUGACAAAGCAAAAGAAUUCUUGCAAUGCAGGGGAGGGAAGCAACCAGAGCCUAUCCCUCUCCUAGCCCUCCCAAUGUAAGCAAACUUCCUGCUUCUUGACCAUAUUGCAAGAUUGAAAAUGCUUAUACUCUGGACCAAUAUAUCAUUCUCGAAACUGUAUUUUGUUCCUCCAGUUGUACCAACCUGUUCUAUGCAUCACUAAAUUCUGACCCUUGCAGGCUCUUAUUUUUCAUUUUAGGGUUUGGGGAUAUAGCUUGGCACUUUAGAACCCCUCCUUAGGAUGAGCUGUAAAACAGCAUAUUUUCCCCAUCUUUUGCAUCUUCUCAUCCAUAAGAAAAGAAAAGGGAUCUUGAAAUUUUGGUGCUUGCUUUCUAAAAGAGGAGUGCCAUCCUAUAUAAUUGCUCUGGUGCAAAAGACCUGUGGGAGAAUCAGAAUGGGUGCUAGGCUUAUAAAAGAAAACUUGCACUUUGAACAUAUCUUUUUUUAAGUUGUGAUAAAUUCCUUAUUUAUUUGCCUUUUUAAAGGGGUCUAUUUUAGUUGCUGUCUAGGGAGUGUUUUCUUUCAAAACUGAACAUCCUGUGUAAGGGAUAUAAAACAGAAUGGGGUUCUUCAACAAACCAUGUAUAGGAACUCUUGCUCAGCCUGAGUGAAGGAAAUACUUACGAGCAGGAUAGGUCUUUAGCACGCUUUCUAGUGAACUGUGAGGCUCCUGUUUGCUUCAGCAUUUAUUGUUUAAGGAACAGUGGCUGUUUAAGAAAGUGGGGUCAUAUAUUCCCUCAUCAACUUCCCUAAUACUUGCUCACUUACACUGUGGUGCUUUUCCUUUCUCUCCAAUGUUGAUGGGCUAAUGCCAUUAACGGCAAGCUUUGUCUUGAGGAAGUUAUAUUAACUGCUUAAAAAAAAACCUUGGCUGCUAACAUGCUCUGCCUCUGACACUGAUGUAAUCCCUCAAACUUCAUUUAGGGACAUUAUUUCACCUAGAAUAGUAGCAGCACCAGCUUUACUCAGCAUUAUAUUCACUAUUCUCAAAUAGAUACAAUUGUUUCUGUGGAAUUUGGUAGUUUGAAAUAUCACCAGAAAGGUCUAGAUUUGGGGGGGACAGAGUUUAAAAAAUAUUUUAAAGAUGUAUUUAGCACAUGAUUUACAUAAAUUCUUCACUGUUAUCUGAGAACUUAUGAUGGUACAAUAUCCUGGUAGUACUACUCUCUUUUAAUGACCUGACAUGCUCAUAAGAUCAAGGAGUAAAAUGAAUUUGCAGCUUCAACUUUACUCUGGAGCUAUAUCCUGUAUAGUUCUAAUCCCUGCCGUAUAGUGCUGGCUGGCAUUAACUGCAAUUAUUCCCAGCAGAUCUUUUUACAGUGCUAAUUAUCUGGAGGGAAGACUUAACAGUUUGUUUGUUAGGUCGAAGCUAAAAAUCAACAGGGUCUAAAGUGAAGCAGUUACUGCAACCCAUUCCAUAUUUUCUAUGACUGCUGCCUGGCUGGAAGUUUGGCAGCCACUCAGAUUAUAAUGUGUAGGUGGUACUGCAUGCAGCUUGGCGCUGCAUGUUCCACAAGACUGCUACAAAUUAUUGUGUGAUUAAAGUUGAUGCGAGAAAAGUAUUUGGAGCUGAAAGCGUGUGCAUACUACUGAGGAAACUGUCUUCUAUCUUGACUGCAGUAUUUUACUAUCAUUAUGAACAAAUUAUAAUAUGAGCCCUGUUUGGUGGAUUACUUGAAGUAUUUACCCAGUUUGGCUAUCAAUCUCUUGUCUGCUUCUUGCCCCCCCCCCUUUUUUUUUUCAUUGGGUGCAAGUCUGGUUUUAUUAAAAUAACAGUCUUUUGUAUUUAGCCAGGAUAGCCACUUGCACUCUAGGUGAAAAAUGUCUGAUUUAGAUUUGUGACAUAAAACCAUUUAACAAUUAAAAAUAUUCCUUUUGUGUCAUUCCCAUCAUAAGCAUGCAGUUUUGAUUCAAUCAAAUACAGCUGCAACAAAUUAUUUGUAUUUUCUUCUAGUAAAUCCCCCCUUUUUUUCCUUCACGGGAAGAAGCAUGGUGCUGAGAAUUGAACUUGUAUAAUUUUCCUUCUACCAGGUGAAUAGUUUACAGUAACUAGUUUUAACAUUCUUCCACUCCAUAUACAGUUCCGUAGUCUUGUAACAUCUAUUAGCUCACUCUGGUUCUCUAAGCAUUGGAUCCCCUUCCUGUUAAUAUUAAAGGAUGGUUCAUAUCACCCUCUGUCAGAAGCUGACAAAAGAGCAUUUUUCUUGUCACAUGAAUAAGGAUUCUCUUUUUAGACUUUUAUUUUAACAGCAACAAAUAUAACUGGUGAGAACAAGAAGUUCAGGUGUUCUUCAAGGACUAGUCUUCUAUUGUGUGAAAAAUAGUCCAUCUACUUCAAAUAGUUUCUGAAAAAUGGCACAAUGCUGAAGUCUUUGCAGCUGGAGAGAUUUGUCAGAUCCCUAGUAAUAUGGUAGUGAAGACCUGGGGGAACUGCACUAGCAUUGUGAAUCCUACCGGAGAGAGGACAGGAUUUGCAAUUUUUAGCAGAACUACCUGAAGUAGUAGCCACUGAGUGGCAACAGACCUGUGUUGCGUUGUGGCACACCCCUAUUUUUUAGCAUUAAGUAACAGAUGGUUGAGUUAACAAGUCUUUGAUUCCUUAAAAGCCUUGUUGCAUACAAAAUUUCCACAAAGUGAUGGUGGAGAUUUAGAGGGGUGCCAGGAUGGAGGGGCAGUGAUCCAUGUCGAUAAAGGUUUGUGUAUACAGAAGUAAAUAAAACAAUUAAAAGGGA